AUGGCCCUCUGGCAAGGAUUCAACCAACAAUUGCGCCGAGUAUUGCCUAAGGCUGCCGGCGAGGCAUGCCUGACUCAAUCGCGGAGAUACGUCAGCUCAACAAUCCCGCGGAGAAUCGGAGGAACCGUCAACGUGAACCAGUGGGGUUUGGGCACAGAGAAGGGCCUUCAGCUGUCUUCGCAAGGGUUGAAAUCGGCUCAGCGCUCUUUCUCUGCCUCGGCGCAAGCCGCUCACGGUCACAUCCAUGCUCCGAAGCCCGGCGAGGAGAUCAACAUCACUUUCGUUGAAAAGGACGGUACCCGGGUUGAUUUGCAGGUCGCCGAGGGGGACAACCUGCUGGAUAUCGCGCAGGCGAACGACCUCGAGAUGGAGGGUGCUUGCGGUGGCUCAUGUGCUUGCUCUACUUGCCAUGUAAUCGUGGAGGACCCGGACAUGUUCGACAAGAUGGAGGAGCCCUCAGAUGAUGAGAAUGACAUGCUGGACCUGGCAUUUGGCCUGACCGAGACCUCUCGGUUAGGUUGCCAGGUCUUGGUGACCAAGGAUAUGGAAGGCAUGGUGGUUAAGUUGCCGACCAUGACACGGAAUCUACAGGCCAGCGAUUUCGAAUCGAAAUAA